UUCAACAACUUCCGGUUUUUGCGAACGAAGCACAUGCAGAAUAUAGCAGUAGAUGUGAUACAUGUUUGAAAGUUGAUUUCACGAAAAUGGCUUCCGCUAGAGCUAUGGUCAUAGGACAGGUGAUCAAGAGGGGCAUCGGACGACCCGACACAGUUAAAGUGCGAUGCCUGAAAAUGUCUCUAGACCGUUAUCUUCUCAAGUACUUCAACAAAAGGAUUCACCACUGGGCCAUCGAGACGUCUGUGACCACGGAUGUUGGCGACAUAGUGUUGCUGCAGAGACUUCCCGAGAGGAUGACGACGAAAGUCGGUCAUGAAGUGAAGGAUGUUGUGUACAAGCUGGGAUCCGUAGUUGACCCCAUUACUGGGACCAGGUGUCGGGGACAACAGUUCAUUGAUGAAACAGAACGACAACUACAGAAACUGAAAAUCGACGGAGAACGAUCAUGAUCAUUGUGUAUUGAUGCCAUGUUUUUAUAAAUUUUUUAGUGUGUGAGACUUCGGUUAUCUGUCACAGGAGAUACAAGGGGUGUAAUGAUACAGUCCUGAAUGUACAGUGUUGAAUCUGAUAGCUAUUACAUGAUGUGUUUCCGGUCACCUGCUUCAGUGCAUUCACUCAUUGAAGUGUUCAGGGAUAAAUGCAUCUUCCUCAGGCAAGGCAGUUAACUGACUAUAGAAGUCAACCCUUGCCUAACUAGGCCUGAAUUUUGGGAUGUAUUUUGGCUAAACUAACGAGUAUGCAUAGUCCAGUCAAAAUCGUUCAACGAAAUUGACAUUUGGUUCCUAAACUGCCGUGCAGAUUUCGGCCAAUUGCAGGAUUUGCAAAGCAUGUGUACUGUCAACUAAGCGACAACAUACAUUAUCCA